AUGGAGUCUAAACCCGCUCCUCUCGCAGUCUGCUUGACUGUGGUUCUCGCGUUCGUCGCCCAACAACGGGUGAGAGGACAACUCCCCCCACCUGUGUGUCAGACCUGGAACUCAACAACUGUCGUAUGUAAAGGGGAUACGGAUAUACCGGAGUUUCUACCCGUUCCGCCUGUACGGACCCGAUUGCGUCUAACCCAGGUACCCCCCGGCAUCCCCGAGUCUGUCAUCACAGUAGAUCUCCGUUGGAACAACAUAACCAUACUGUAUAACGGCUCGUUUAGUGGGUUAGGAAACCUGAGAUCCUUGGAUCUGUCUUAUAAUAAUCUACAGACUAUCGAGGUUGGUGCAUUCGCUGGGUUAGAGACAUUAGAAAGUCUUGAUAUAGGUGAUCGGUAUAAUCUUCCUGAUGACGACACGUCUGUGCGAAAUACGACGCAAAUGUAUUCUCUUCAAAAUGGACUUUUCGAAGAUCUGCGAAACCUGAACUAUCUGACCGUGGUGACGUACACAGAUAGAGUCGCCAGUGAGGGAGUGUUCUCAGGGUUAUCUAAACUCAGGCAUUUCAAACUCCGCGUGAAAAAUACCAGCAAUUUACCCGAUCAUAUUUUUGAGUCUUUGACUUCAUUGGAAAGUCUAGAGAUACAGGAGCUCGCCAUAGAAGCUAACGCCUUUGCGGGUUUGUCACAUUUACAAAAGCUGGAUGUGACUGGGUCCGUCUUCGAGGUGUUAACUUUACACGACAAGGCGUUCAGCGGACUGCCCUCGCUCACUCAUCUUAACAUGUCAUAUAACAAAAUUUCUGCUUUACCACAAAAAGAGUUUGAAGAAUUGCCCUCGCUCACUCACCUGGAACAUCUAGAUCUCAGUCAUAACGAGAUCAACACCGUCAUGCCAUCCGCCUUCCAUGGACUAUCGCGGCUACAAUACUUGGAUCUCAGUAACAACAAGCUAACGUAUAUAUCAGAGGUGACAUUUGAAGGUUUAGGCAACCUUACACAUCUAAACCUGGAAGCCAACAGCAUAGCAGUGAUUGGGGACGCCUUUCAGCGACUGUACGGGUUGAGGCACCUGAAUCUGAGGAGCAACAGGUUGGCUGUAUUAAAUCAAACAACACUGGGUCCUGUUGUCUACCGGUUAGAGACUAUCGACAUUGCAGACAACCCAUUUUUGUGUGACUGUAAGCUAAUGUGGUUUGUCGAGUUGGCCCAGGAUAAAUACGACAGGGUAGAGAACUGGAACAACCCCUAUCCUGACGUCCUUCGACGGUACACAUGUUCCCGUCCACCUGAACUGCGUGGAAGACGUUUGAUAGACGGGUUAACAAAGAAACAGCACUCCAACGACAGACAGGAUCCAUCAGAACGAAAGUUCUUCAACAGAGUCUGUAGUCAUGGAUUCCGCCCCAACCGCCUCCUGGCUUGUGUGCUCGCCUCUUCGGGCAUCUUCAUCGCCAUGAUGACCAUUUUCCUGGUCGACUACCACGUCGGCCGUGUUCAGUACUGCCUGUGGAUGUUGGCCAAGUGGAGGAGACCGAAGAUUGGUGAA